UGUUCUUUGAUUGUGGUGGGACCUUCCCAUUUCACGCAGUAUUUAACCUUCACUGCCUGAGCUAAAGCUUAUCAGUUCAUCCCACAUAAGAAUAAACUGCGGAAGAGAAACUGAGUGAGGAUGGGAAAGCUCACUGUGUGCGUCUCUGUGCUGCUGCUGCUGCUGAUGACACUCAGUGAAAGCAGUCGCGUGAAUGCUUGCUGCACGCAGUACCAGGAAACUCCGAUCCCUGUCCGAUUUUUGCGAUGCUACACAAUCCAGGGGGUCAAAGAUUUUUGCAACCUCAAGGCAGUAAUUUUCAAGACGGUGAAAAAUAGAUUUGUUUGUGCAAACCCUGACUCAGAGUGGGUGAAGAGGGCCAUGGAGUCAGUGCCAGAAUUUGGACGACACCUGAAGGAGUCGACCUAAAGACACAGAAGACGCUCACGAUUAAUUGAAUGUAUUAUUUUAAUUUCAAUAAAUAACAUAUUUUUGUAUUCCUUAAAUGUAUCACUGAAAAAUCAAUAAAUUUAAUAUUUUUUUUAACUAA